AGAGGAGAGUUUGUGUGACGUGCAGCUACGAGGGAGUUUUGCCUUUUAUUAUAUAACUGAAAGGUUGAAGGAGACACUAAACAUUUUCACAGUGAGAUAUUGUUUAGUUCAAGUGUUGAACAGACGUUGAAUGUUCAAACAUUAACGUUUGGUUUAAUCUAGGGCUCCUGACGUCUUGACGUCGUAAAGAAGGGGAGGAGCCAGUGAAACAAAGCGGGACUAAGUUUAACUUCCUGAUUUAUAGAGAACAGAGCAGAAGGAGCGUAUUAAACACCAAGAAGAAUAAAAGUUGAGGGGGGAGUCAUGAUGACAUCAGAGAAGCUGUUAAACAUUCUAGAAGACUUGAAAGAUGAGGAAUUCUCUAAAUUCAACUGGUUCCUGCAGCAGCCUGGAAGCCUGGAAGGAUUCACAACCAUUAAAGCAAGUCGACUGGAACACGCAUCACCAUGUGACACAGUGGAUGUGAUGGUGCAGACGUACAGACCUCGUGGAGCAGUGGAGGUGACCCGGAAGGUUUUAGAGAAGAUCAGCAGGAACGACCUGGUGCAGAGUUUGUCUGACAGCAGCUCAGAAUCAGGAGUGGAUGUCAGUGAUGCUGGGAAGAAGUCAGAGACCAGACCACCUUCCUCUCCUCAGACUCCUCUUCCUCAGACUGAAGGUGAAGCUGAUGGUUCCUCUGAUAACCAAAUCCAAGCAUAUGUGAUGGUUCCAGUACUAGAGCCACGGCCCAUCACAUAUUACCAGCAGAUGCUUCAAUCAAACCUUCAAGACAAGUUUCUGUGUAUGAGAGAAGGUUGGUCAGAUAACGACCAACUUCUGGAUGACAUCUACACAGAGCUGUACAUCACAGCUGGGCUGGAUUCACACAUCAACACACAGCAUGAGGUCCAACAGGUUGAGACGACACAGCAGAAGCAAAGAUCAGCAGAGGAGCCAGUGAAGCCCAGUGACCUGUUCAAACAUCUCCCUGGUAAAUACAGACGCAUUAGAACAGUGUUGACCAAUGGAAUCGCUGGGAUUGGAAAAACGGUCCUUGUGAACAAGUUUGUGUUGGACUGGACCCAACAAAUGUCCAAUCAAGACGUGCAUCUAAUUUUCCCCUUCACCUUCCGUCGGCUGAAUCCACUGAAGGGACAGAAGUUUAGUUUGUCAGAGCUCAUUCAUGAAUGUAUCCCAGAAACUGAGUCCAUCAGUCUUGGGGCUCUGAAUUACAUCUUUACACAUCUACAGUCAUCAGGAAACAGCAACUAUGACAAGAGUAGGUUUAAACUUCUGUUUGUGUUUGAUGGACUGGACGAGAGUCGCCUCCAACUGGACUGUAGCACCAGUGAGAAGGAGACGGGUCAACGUGACGUCACAGAGUCCACCUCAGUGGAUGAGCUGCUGACAAACCUCAUCAGAGGAAAACUACUACGCUCUGCUCGCAUCUGGAUCACCACACGACCUGCAGCAGCCAAUCAGAUUCAUAGAGACUUUGUCGACGUGGUGACGGAGGUCAGAGGGUUCACUGACCCACAGAAGGAGGAGUUUUUCAGGAAGAGAUUCACAGAUGAGGAGCAGAGCAACAGAAUCAUGUCCCACAUCAAGACGGCACGAAGCCUCCACAUCAUGUGCCACAUCCCAGUCUUCUGCUGGAUCACUGCUACGGUUCUGGAGAAUCUGCUGGAAACCAAAGAGGGAGAAGAGCUGCCCAAGACCCUGACGGAGGUGUACGCAGAGUUCCUGGGGUUUCAGAUGGAUCGGACUAAAGACAAGUACGGACCAGAACAGAGCAGCAACUACAUCAAGUCAUUAGCUAAACUGGCUUUUAAGCAGCUGCUUAAGGGAAACUUAAUCUUCUAUGAGGGAGAUCUGAAAGAGAGUGGCAUCGAUGUCAGUGGAGCCUCAGUGUGUUCAGGAGUGUUCACAGAGAUCUUUAAACAGGAGCGAAGGAGGAAAGCCAAGAACAAGAUGUUCAGCUUUGUUCAUCUGAGCGUUCAGGAGUUUCUGGCUGCUGUUCACAUGAUGCUCUGUUACACCAACGGGAAGAUGGAGGAGCUGGAGAACUUCCUAGGAACCUCCAAUGCUGCUCUGGAUGUUGUCCUGAGUAUAACCAUGAAGAAAUCCCUCCAGAAUCCAAGUGGCCAUCUGGACCUGUUUGUUCGCUUCCUUCAUGGCCUCUGUCUGGAGUCCAACCAGACAAUCUUAGGAGGUUUGCUGGGUCACACCGAGAACAGUCCAGAAACCAUCCAGACAAUCAUCAACAACCUGAAGAUGAUGGGCAGUCACUCUCCAGACAGAAACAUCAACAUCUUCAACUGUCUGAUGGAGAUAAACGACCACUCAGUCCAUCAGCAGAUCCAAGAGUUCCUGAAAUCAGAGAACAGAUCAGAGAAGGAACUCUCUGGGAUCCAGUGCUCAGCUCUGGCCUACAUGCUGCAGAUGUCAGAGGAGGUUCUGGAUGAGUUGGACCUGAACCAGUACAACACAUCAAAAGAGGGGCGACUGAGACUGAUCCCAGCUGUGAGGAACUGCAAAAAGGCUCAACUUUCUGGCUGUGGACUCACAAAGACUCACUGUGAAGUUGUGGCCUCAGCUCUGAAGUCCAACUUGUCACAUCUGGCACAUCUGGAGCUGAGUAGCAAUGACCUGCAGGACUCAGUGGAGGUUCUGUGUGCUGGACUGGAGAGUCCUCACUGUCGACUGGAGACUCUGAGAUUGAGUGGCUGCAGUUUGUCAGAGUUCAGCUGUGAUUCUCUGAUCUCAGCUCUGAAGUCCAACCCGUCACAUCUAACAAAACUCGACCUGAGUAACAACGACCUGCAGGAUUCAGGAGUGAAGCAGCUGUGUAGUUUUCUGGAGAGUCAUCACUGUCGACUGGAGACUCUGAGACUGAGUGUGUGUGACCUGUUAGAGCGAAGCUGUGAAGCUCUGUCCUCAGUUCUCAGCUCUCAGUCCUCUUGUCUGGGAGAACUGGACCUGAGUAACAACAACCUGCAGGAUUCAGGAGUGAAGCUACUGUCUGCUGGACUGAAGAGUCCUCACUGUCGACUGGAGACUCUCAGGCUGUCAGGCUGUCUGCUCUCAAAGGAAGCUUGUGUCUCUCUGGCCUCAGCUCUGAGCUCCAACCCCUCCCAUCUGAGAGAGCUGGACCUGAGCUACAAUCAUCCAGGAGACUCAGGAGUGGAGCUGCUGUCUGCUGGAGUCAAAGAUCCACACUGGAGACUGGACACUCUCAGGGUGGAGCCUGGUGGAGUCCAAUGGUUGACACCAGGUCUGAGCAAGUAUUUCUGUCAACUCACCAUCGACACAAACACAGUGAACGGGAAACUACAACUGUCUGACAACAACAGGAAGGUGACAUGGGUGAAGGAGGAUCAGUCAUACCCUGAUCAUCCAGACAGAUUUGACCUGUGGCCUCAGCUGCUGUGUAGUAAUGGUCUGACUGGUCGCUGUUAUUCGGAGGUUGAAUGGAGAGGAGACGUUGAAAUAUCAGUGAGUUACAGAGGAAUCGAAAGGAAAGGAGGCAGUGGAGACUGUGUGUUUGGACGCAACAAUCUGUCCUGGAGUCUGAUCUGCUCUGAUGAUGGUUACUCUGUCAAACACAACAACAUAGUAACAUUCAUCUCCUCCUCUGUGUCUCACAGAGUAUCAGUGUAUGUGGACUGUCCUGCUGGUUCUCUGUCCUUCUACAGAGUCUCCUCUGACAAACUGAUCCACCUUCACACCUUCAACACCACAUUCACUGAACCUCUUUAUCCUGGGUUUCUGCUCUAUUCUCCUGGUUCCUCAGUGUCUCUGUGUGAUGUGUCGUAGUGAGAGUUUGAUCCUGUCAUAGAAACGUUAUUACUGUGGAACAUAGUUCAGUCUGUUCAUGUCUGUCUUGUUUCAGAUUCAUGUAUUAAACCAGGUUCUUUCUGAAAGAGUUUCUCAAUGAUUCUUUGUGAACUUCUUCCUCUUCCGUCCUUUAAAUGUGGAAGCUCUGGUAUGGGUGUGAGUAUAUAUCUGAGAGUGCAUGGGUUUCUCGUAUGAUUGACUAGUUGUUUGUGUCUGUGUGAGUGUGUAUGCGUGUGGUGCAGUUGGUGUGGGUGUCCGUUUCCUGCUCGCGGUUGUGGUGGAAAUUUCCCAUAAGGAGGCAGAUGAGAGAGUUGUCUUGAGAUUUAUUUUAAAAAUGAUGGGGAAAGCAAAUCAAAAACAUGGAUGUUGAUCGUGCACAUCAACAACAUCAAGAGCAGCUGGGGAGAUCAGUGCACACACCACGAAGGUGUGAUGCCAAGAGGCCACAAUCCUCAAGUCGUCUCUGCCUUUUAACCCCUUUCUCUGGCCCCGGUGGAAUGUCUCUCCGGGGGCCGUUUCAAGAAGGAGGUUUCACAAACUGAACUCUGAGUUGACUGUUGACUUACACUGAGUUUGCAAACCUGGACUUUUCGGUUUCAGAAGAGGUGAAAAGAGUUUGUUUAAGCAACUCUGAGUUGAUUGACUCAGAGUUAAGCGUGUGCACCGUGACGAUACAAAGCCCUGAUCAAUGGAGUGAAGAUAUUAGGAGUCACCAUGGCAACAGCACAACAAAAGAGGUCCAGAAAUGGAUAUGAUACCUCAAGCAAAUAGCGACUACAAGCCUAUACUCCGUAGAAAAAGCAACACGGCUGCAGCGGCAAAAGAGAAAGAAUUAGCUUGGAAGAAAAGAAAAGCUGCUCGAGUCAAUGCAUAAGUUUAUACUUUAAUCAUACAGUGUUCAGUGUAAACAAUUACUAAAUGGUUACUAAAAAGUUAGUAUUGUUAUAUUUCACUUGUAAAGUAAAGACUUGUAAAGUAAUUUUUCACUCAUCUAAGGAGUUACUUCAGUAACUGCAUAAAAUACCAAAGUUUGUAUGAAUUAAAAGUACAGUGUUAUGUCUAUGCGUUUUUAAAAUUCCUGUUGUGGUUGAUGUUUAAAGUAAUAAUAAUUCAAUAAUCCAAUACGUUUUAUGGAGAGCAUGUCGUGGAAAUUUGUAAUAAAAGGCAGAUGAGA